GUCAGGCGGUUUCACCCGGUGGCUGCACUCACUGGCGCUUCAAUGGCCGCCGCUUCGGAGCCCCAAAUUGCAGUCUUCAUGGACACUGAUUUCGGCACCCGCCUGGCCGUAGCCGUGCCGCCGGGCAUCGCCGCCGGAGCUUUAAAGAGUGAGCCAAAAUACAAAUCAAACUUUUUUCACUACACUUCCUUUUUUCUUUUUCAUCUCCGUUUAGAAAUCGCUCGUUUGUUUAUGGGGGAAGUUGAGAGAGUACAUUUUAACUGUUUCCCAAAUAUAGGAGAGAUCAAGGUGGAUGGAUUCAUGGUGAAGCAAAACUCGAACUUCUACCAUUUGACCGACACGGUGCUUAUGAAACUCACUUCCCAGGUGGAUGGAGUGCAGUUUCUCCAUGUCAAAGCACAGCCUUUGUUUAACGAGCACCAUUUACCCGAAAAUGCUGAUUGUUUCCCUAAUCUAAACGACUCUACUCACUCUUUGGAGAGACAAAGCUGUCCAAGAGGCGUCUGCGAGAGUAAAAUCAGAGCCGGUGGCAAGAAGCGUCGAAGAAAAAGAUUCAGACCGAUAAAUUACUUAUCAAGACUAGUCUGCAGAAGCAUCUUACCUUGGAAUACAAGGAGAAAAAGGAAGAGAACUAGCAAAAACCAGGUUUUCGAGUAUGUGGGAAAGAACUCCAAUAUGAAGGAUCUCAUCAAAGAUGCAGAAAAUCGUGAUGGCUCGAUUUAUAUGUCGUCUUACCAUUGUAUGCCAAAUGAUGAAGCUGGGACAGCCAGUGAGUUAUCAUCUGAAGUCAUGUCUGUUUCAAGUAUCAUAAAUAGAUACUUUCCGAGCCAUGACGAAGUGAGCAGCAUCCUGAAUCGAUCGAGCUGUGGCAUUACUCGAAGUCAGCCAGAAGAGUAUUUGAAGAAGAAGAAGAAGAAUAUUGAUAGAGGCUCAAGCUUGUUGCCUUUGAAAUUGCCACUUAAAGCAGGUUCUCAAAAGCCAGAGAGAUGUAAGCUUGGGAAAAGGCUGGUGAUGGCUUCAUAUAAUCUUGGGAUUUCUCCCAAUAGGGAGAGACCUGAAAUUUCACUCUGCAAUUCCAAAGGUCAACAGUUUCAAGAACUCAUGUCUUUGGCUAGAAGUUCUUGUUUUGAGAUACUUGACAGUGAUGACUGAAAUCAAACUUCAUUCCUUGGAUUGGAUGAAGCUUCUUUUGUGGGUGUAAAAAGACGAGUCGGGGCGGGUCGGGGUGGUUUGACUUUUAGCUGAAACAUUUUCUUAGAACUGUACUAACCACUAAAUUGACUGAGAUCGAACCAAACUAAUCGAAACCAACAAAAUCUAUUUAUAUAGAACUAAACUGACUAUGAUCCAAUUGAUUUUUGUUGGUUCCCUUUGUAUGUAUAUAU